AUGAAGGUGGAGGUCACAGCUCAGCUUGUCACCUUCUGGCUGGACACAAAGGACACAAAUCCUGGCAUAGAAAUCAAGGUGUACACGGAGCUCCAGGGACUCCAGCAGAAUGAGGAGUCUGAGGUGACCCAGGAAGAUACCCUAUCGUCUAUCAAGGAGGAUGGAGCAGCAAGAGUCAUCCAGAGUGCCUGGAAAUGUUUUGUUAAUGCUUGUAUAUUCCAACAUAUUAAAAAUCUGAUUGAUUUAAGAAGACAAGGAGAGCCGCGUCAGAUAGUGAGAUUCAUUAAUCCUAAAGAGGCUGAGCUUCUGGAUGCAGCUGCUGGCAUCUACGUACGAUUCAGAUUAGGUGGGGUGAAGUUUCCACCUGAAAUAUACUAUAAAAUUUUUACUCACAGACACGUUGAAGACUUGUGUGCUAACAGCCCUAGAGAUUACACAAAACUUGUGGCAAAACACCUGUCUCACAACAAAAAUAAUAGAAUUAAGGACACAGAUCGGAGUGGCUGGUACCGGCGUGUGGAAAACAAUGGAUGGAGGCCUGUCUCUGAAAGAUUUUGGUUACCAACAGACAAUGAGAUCGUGGAAAGCCAAAAGGAAACAGAAUUCCAUUUCUCUAAGCUGAAGAGAAGGCAGGAUAUAGAAAAGAAAAGGAAGAUUAAAAAGAUAGAAUGGAUGAAACAGAUGUACUACACUGGAACCCUGGCUGCCAAGACGUCUAAUUAUGAAACCAUAGAUUUAAUUCACACAGCCACUGAAGGACUAAUAAGAACAAUUGAGGAGGGUGGGGUAGAUUCUGUGAUGGAGUGGGAGGUGGAUGAAGUACUGAACUGGACCAACACACUCAACUUUGAUGAGUAUAUUGCCAAUUGGAAGCAAAUUGCUACAAGCAACUCAUCAGUUAACUUCCAGGGUUUCCGUUUUGAUCAAACCCCGGAAAAUCUUAACCAAUAUGAAGAUAUUCCAAAGGCCCAAAGGAAAGCACCAUAUAAUAAUGUUUAUGGAAAGCCAAUUGCUACUAGAAUAACUUAUGGAGUAGAGAUAUAA